AUGGCUCGGGUAUUCGUUGCCGUCUGCCUUCUUGCCGCCGUGGCCAUGGCCCAGGAAGACAGCAAGUCGGGCUCAUCCGAGGAGCAGUCCCCGAAAUAUUGGCGAGCUAUCCUGGGUGAUAUCUGCCAGCUGCCCUCAUUCCCCCGUGCCACCGGUGACCCGAACCGAUACGUCGAAUGUGUCCGACAGGCCGCCGACGUCACCGACAGGAAAGACCUCGGCAUCUGGCUUCUCCGCGAAUGCCUGCCCGGCUACGAGUUCGUCGCCUCGGCCCGCCGCUGCAAGACCAACUGCCAGACCACCACCACCCAGCAGCAGUACUGCCCGCAACAGCAGGAAGUCGUCCAGCAGCCGCAGUCGUGCCCGCUUGUGCAAGGCGGAGUGCAGAACGCCGCCUACCAGGGCAUCUGCUCGUGGAUGGUCGACCCUCUUGCCAAGGACCCGGAGAGCUGCACCCACUUCCUCCAGUGCCAGCCAGCCCCCAACAAUCUGUACUGCGGACGCUGGCAGCGAAUGCCCUGUGCCCCAGCCACCAUCUUCGACGAGCAGGCCCAGGUCUGCGUCUGGGAUACUAGCUCUCAGCCCGCUUCCCUGCCCACCCCGGCCCCGUACGUGCCCACCCAGGCGCAGCAGAACUCGCAGUGCGGAUGCACGGGAGGAGUUCAGAUCGGCAGCUGCAACCAGAACUACCAGUGCCCCGGCCAGUCUGUCUGCCAGGUCGGACAGCAAAAUGGAAAUCAGUGUAUGGUCUGCUGCUACUUCCGCAAGAAGGCCAAGCGCGCG